UCUGGGUUUUACUGGAGCAUUUUGCAGAAGAAGAUGCGUAUCAAAUUGUCAGUGAAUUGUGACAGAUGCAGGAGGAAAGCAAUGGAAGUAGCAGUCAAUGCAAAGGGUGUAAUCUCUGUAGCCAUAGAAGGGGAAUCCGAGGACGAGCUCGUAGUGGUCGGUGAUGGAAUUGACGCAGCUUGUUUGGUUGACACUUUGAGGAAGCAAGCUUGCUAUGCCAUAUUAGAGACUCUAGAAGAAGUUAACCCGGAUAUUCUCACUCCUGAUGAUGAUCAGGUGCAAGAAGAGGAUGAUGAUACAGACGAUUCCAAGAACAUCGAGGCUGCUGAUGAUGAUAACGGUACAGAUCAAAAGGUUCCACCUCAUUGCUGCUUAGCUGAAUGCCCCACCAUUUGCUAUGAGCAGCCACAACAUGAGAUGUCUGAAGUAAUAGUGUAUGAUUCUUAUGGUCCAACCACUGGAUGCACAAUCAUGUAAAUGAAGAUCAACUAUGUAUAAUCCAUAUUCGUUCAAAGUCAAUAUCUUUUGGUACAUGUGU